AUGAGCUUAGCAGGCUCAACCACGAGCAGAUAUUCUGUAGUUGGUCGACUCGACCUCGACCUAGACCUCGAACACUUGGCUUUCAGCUGGCUAAAAUCUGGGUUCAAGAAAAAGACAUAUCAAAAUUCAAAACAAGGAAAUAGGAGAAAAUGUUGCCUCAGAAGCAAUUGUGCUUCAAAUCAAGUGGCACAAGUACUACUAACUUUGCCAUAUUCUUUCUCCCAACUGGGAAUGUUGUCUGGAGUUUUGUUUCAAGUAUUCUAUGGAGUUCUUGGUAGUUGGACAGCCUAUCUCAUCAGCGAUCUCUAUAUCGAAUAUCGAAGCAGAAAGGAGAAAGAAGGUGUUAGCUUCAAGAACCAUGUCAUCCAGUGGUUCGAAGUAUUGGAUGGGUUAUUAGGUCCAUACUGGAAAGCAGUGGGUUUAGCCUUCAACUGUACUUUCCUCCUCUUUGGAUCUGUUAUCCAACUUAUAGCCUGUGCAAGUAACAUAUAUUACAUUAAUGAUCGACUGGACAAGAGGACAUGGACAUAUAUAUUUGGAGCUUGUUGUGCCACAACCGUUUUCAUUCCUUCGUUUCACAACUACCGGAUUUGGUCCUUUCUAGGCCUCGGAAUGACCACUUAUACGGCAUGGUACUUAACCAUAGCAGCCCUUAUUCACGGACAGGUUGAAGAUGUGCAACACUCGGGUCCAGCAAAGCUAGUGCUAUACUUCACCGGUGCCACCAAUAUAUUGUAUACCUUCGGUGGACAUGCUGUCACUGUGGAAAUAAUGCACGCAAUGUGGAAACCACAAAAGUUCAAGUACAUUUACCUAUUGGCCACAUUAUAUGUUUUCACCCUAACUCUACCGUCAGCUUCGGCCGUGUAUUGGGCUUUUGGCGAUAAGCUGCUCAACCACUCCAAUGCCUUCUCCAUCCUCCCAAAGACCAGAUGGCGCGAUGCAGCUGUCAUCCUCAUGCUCAUUCACCAGUUCAUCACAUUUGGAUUUGCUUGCACACCACUCUACUUUGUGUGGGAGAAGGUUAUAGGGAUGCAUGACACAAGAAGCAUGUGUCUAAGGGCUCUUGCAAGACUGCCAGUGGUGAUACCAAUAUGGUUUUUGGCCAUUAUUUUCCCGUUCUUUGGCCCCAUUAACUCUGCAGUUGGCGCACUUUUAGUUAGUUUCACUGUUUACAUCAUCCCAGCUCUGGCCCACAUGCUCACUUACAGGAAAGCCACUGCUCGUCUGAAUGCUGCUGCAAAGCCACCAUUCUUCAUGAGAAGCUGGACAGCCAUGUAUGUACUAAACAUCUUUGUGGUGGGCUGGGUUUUCGUAAUCGGGUUUGGUUUCGGAGGAUGGGCAAGCAUGACCAAUUUUGUUAGACAAGUCGACACAUUUGGGCUCUUUGCUAAGUGUUAUCAAUGCAAGCCUCCAAUGCCGACGAAUCAACCAUCGUCUUUACCGUCCCUCCAUUAA